AUGGGGUCUAUGAAAUCAUUUAUAAAGGCCGUGAGGAAGGCCAAAACAAUUGCAGAUGAAAGAGCUGUGAUUAAAAAGGAGUCUGCGGCUAUCCGGACUUCGUUCAGAGAUCCAAACUUGGAUCAAACAACCAGAAGAAUCAACAUUAGUAAGUUGUUAUAUCUUUACAUCAUGGGAGAGAAGACUCACUUUGGUCAAGUGGAAUGUCUUAAGUUAUUAGUGAGUCAACGAUUCGCCGAUAAAAGAUUAGGAUACCUUGCAACUAUGUUGUUAUUAGAUGAAAACCAAGAAGUGUUGACAUUAUUGACGAAUUCCUUAGAUAACGACAUGCAACACCCCAAUUCAUUUAUAGUCGGGUUAGCUUUGUGUUGUUUAGGAAAUAUUGCUUCCAGUGAAUUGGCUAGAGAUUUGUACGUUGAUGUGGAGAAGAUCUUGAAUUCUUCUAACAAUCCAUACUUGAAGAAAAAGUCAACUAUUGUGGCAGCCAAAUUAAUUGAAAAGGAGCCUGAUUUAUUAGAAAUAUUUAUUCCUAAAGUUCCAACUCUUCUUAACGAUAAGCUGCCUGGACCUUUAUUGGGAACAUUGAAAUUAAUACAAAGUAUGUACAGUGUUGGAACUGAAACUGAUCGUAAGUUAUUGAUUUCAUCAAUUCCCAAAUUGGUUGAGCAUUUAAAAAGAGCUAGUACUAGUGGGUAUAUGCCUGAUUAUGAUGUCGCGGGAAUAACUGAUCCCUUCUUGCAAGUAUCCUUAAUUCAAACGAUCAGAGUGUUAGCUGUUGACCUGAAUUGUCCUUCAAAUUACUUGGAAAGUGUUAACGAUAUCUUAACGCAAGUUGCAUCUAACAUUGAAAAUCGUAAAAACUCUGCUUAUGCUAUUAUGUAUGAGUGCAUCAAAGCCAUUUUUGCUAUUAAAAGUGACCAAUCCUUGAAGAUUUUGGGGGUCAAUUUACUAGGUAAAUUUUUAUCAACAAGGGAUAAUAACAUUAGAUAUGUUGCUUUAGACACAUUACUAGUGGUUAUCAAUAUUGAGCCACAAGCAGUUCAAAGACAUAGAACAACGAUUGUCAAUUGCUUGGCUGAUGGAGAUAUUUCAAUUAGAAGAAGAGCAUUGGAAUUACUGUUUGCCAUUGCUAAUGAGCAAAACAUUCGAGUUUUAGCAAGAGAGCUACUUCAAUUUUUAGAAAAGUGCACUGAAAAUGAUUUGAAAUUAUACAUAACAAGUCAAUUGACCUUGGCAGUUAAUAAGUAUUCUCCUAAUGAUAAAUGGCAUUUCGAUACUUUAACUAAGAUGCUAAGAUUGGCAGGAAAUUAUGUUACUCCUGAUAUUAUAUCCAAUAUUUUGGCUCUCAUUGUUCAAUGCGAUGAUAUGGAGUUGAAAAGACACAUUGUUUUGAGAUUAUUCAAUCUCUGGUCACAAGAUCAUUCACAAUAUGGUUUGCUGUUGGUAACCACUUGGUGUAUUGGAGAAUAUUACGAGUUGAUCGAAGGGCAACAAAUAGAAGAAGAUAAGCAGACAAUUACGGAGAAAACAGUUUUGAAAAUGUUUGAUUUAUUAUUAAACAAUUCGACAUUUUCAGAACAAGAACUUGUUGUUAUCACUAGUUAUAUUCUUACGGCAGACAUAAAGUUAACAGUUAAGUUCAAAAAAACAGAAAGUAUCGAAGAAUUAAGACAAAUUCUCAACAUUAAGUCACAAGAUCCCAAUUUAGAGAUUCAAAUUAAAGCCAUUGAAUAUCAAGAAAUAUUUGCACUGGAUUUAGCAUUACGGAAGGGUUUGUUAGCAAGAAUGCCGGCCCCUCCAAUCAAAUUAAGAGAAGCUGUAUCAUUACACAAGAACCCCUCGAGCAAAGUGCAAAGUGCUUUGGGUGCUAGUCAGGCCGGUAGUCCUAAUUCUAAUGGUAAAGAGGUUGUAUUUGACAAUGGAGGACCAGACCUAUUACUUGAUCUCAUGGACGACAAACCUACUGGUACUAAUCCAGUUACUCAAACUCAUAAUACUAAUGAUUUAUUGAGUGAUAUCUUUGGUACCGGUUCCAAUCCACCCCCCAUGAAGACUUCUAUUGUGAAUGCAUCACCUAAUGUUGGCAAUCCCGAUGCGAUUUCUGCCUUCAAGAAUGAUCAUUUGGAAGUGAUGAUGAUACCUGAACGGUUUCCAGGAGACGGUCAAGCAACAGUGAAAGCUAUCAUUAAGGGGUCAGGAGUCACCAGUGCCGGUACUGUCACCAAGGUUCAAUUAUUGAUUGCUGUACCAAAAACACAGAAAUUGGUAAUUACUUCUGGUAGUUCCAGUGAUACUCUUGAUUUGGCCGAACCCAAUAGUAGUAUCUUACAGACAUUAAGUAUUCAAGGUAAGGUGGGGGCAAAAGUCAAGCUUAGAGUGAAAUUGAACUACAAAUACAACGGAGUUGAAAAUGAUGCCAUGUUUGACUUUGCAAAGUUCCCUGCCAACUUAUAA